CAGAAUCAUUAUCAGUUUUGUCAGACAUGCAUGUUAACUAAAUUAUAUCAUUUUAAUUCGCAAUGGCAAGAUUUGAAUUUUUUUAAUUAGAUUUUUAAAUUUUAAAUUAGUUCCCAAGAAUUCUGCGUUAACAGCGCACGUAAAUCUCGAACUGUCUAACAGUCGACUGAAAAACAAAACAGCGACUGAUCGCAUUUACGACUGCGACUACGGCCCGAGCUUCAGUCUUCCGCCGAACGCCGCGCGGUGAACACGCGCGCCCGCCGACACUUCUAACAAAUCGAAACUUUUCACUAGUAUGCCAUGUUCGGACUUUGAGGUGUUUUCGGAAAAAGGUACCUGUGUGAUAUGAAGGCGUGGACCGCGACAGAGCAGGACACCUCGUUGCCCUGCUGCCGCACGCUGCACAUCAAGCAUGCGGCGUAUGCGAGCGCACUCUAUACAUUGAAUAUAUCAAUAUUAGUGGUGCUGUUAUAUAGUUGGAGGAUCGGAGUUAAUGCCAAGCGGUAUAAGGAGUUGGACGAUGUUUAUUAUGGUGUACAGAUAGCGUAUUUUGCAAUUAUAGGAACCCAAAUGUUCAUGAUUAUGCUCAGCAUAAUCUUGUUCUACGGGAUUUAUAAAGAAAACGUGGCGUUCCUGGUCCCGUGGGUGGUGGGCUGCAUGACCUUCAUGGCGUUAGAAGCAAUGGCCAUGGUCUACUCCAAUAUCCUCAGAGAUCAUGUUAACAGACAAUUCGACGCUAUGUGCAAAGCUGAGAUAUCAUUUUUAAUACCAAGAAUACUUUUAAACUGCUUGUGCAUCUGGUGUGUGCUCCGGCUUUACCACCUCCUUCGUGCUGGCGUCACCUGGAAGGGUGCUGCGGCCAUCGAACUGUGACUAUUGGAAGACAACCCGGGAGAAGGGCCCCGCGAGUCUACAUUACUACUAGGGGGGGCUGAGAGCGAUACGGACGCUAGUCUUCACUCGGUUUGACUAAUUAUCCAUCUCUUUCUAACAUAUACAGUGACCUAAACGAGGUCUCCCUCGGAAUGGGAAAGAACCCGCGAGUUGACAUUGGUAGAGCACCAAACUAACUCUGCAGCGAUCGUUGACUGCUGCUCGUUUUUUUUUUACUUUAGGUAAAAAGAUACGGGUGAUUAAUCUUUUUGACGCUAAUGACGGAUAUAUUCACACCCUAGGUCCAACACCGAAGUUGGAUUAAUCCGCCACAGAUCACAGAGCAACAUAGACCUUCGUGUAUAUGCAUAAAGUUCAAUUUCAGUUUUGACACUUCGGUGUCGUGGCGACCGAGUGACAGCUUUUGUGUUUGAUACGACGUCGAAAUGAUUUAACUUAUGCCUUAUCACACUGAUGAUUUGCGAGUGUGUUGAAAGCGACGCGAGCGCGCUCGCGGCAAGAUCGUUGCGUGCUCGCCUCACUUUCAACUCGCUCGCAAAUCGCUAGUGUGAAGGUCCCUUAUUGUAAGGGAGUCGCAUUUUGGCGGGUUCGUGCGACAUUUAAAUUCAAGAUUUGUGCUGUCUUAAAAACCAUACUGUAUAAAUUAAUUGUAAAUAUUGUUCGUCUGUAAAUGUUCCAACCUGUAUAUAAGUUCCUUGUUAUAGAUAUUCGUAUACCUAAGUUAGAAAGAGUGGAAUUCAGAUUGUACAAUUUGUUCAUGUUUCGAUAAUUGUUAUUCUACGACCUUGACACGACUCACAUGUACAAACGUGCUAGUGAUGAUAAAUGACAUGACACACAGUCAGAAUAAAAACAAUCAAAUAUCAAAACGUUAACAGAUUUUAAAUUCAGAAUACUGCUCGAGCUUGCUGUAUGUACAGAGGGAAUUUAUGUGAAAUUGUUAAUGCCUUAAUUUUCUAAUAAAAAGUGUUAUUAAAUUAAACUAUAGACAUUAAAGUGACGUUCGUAUAACCACUGCAGCUGCAUUAUUGUUUCCGUGUCGUGGCUGCGCCGAUGUAACUGUCAAUUUCCUUGUCAAAAUAAGUGACAUUCGCCGCAUAACUGUCACGAUGUCGUUUAUUCCAUC